AUGCCCAAGAGAAAGGCUGAAGGAGAGGCUAAAGGAGAUAAAUCCAAGGUGAAGGAUGAGCCACAGGGAAGAUCUGCAAGGUUAUCUGCUAAACCUGCUCCUCCCAAGCCAGAGCCCAAGCCUAAAAAGACCCCUGCAAAGAAGGGAGAGAAGGCACCCAACGGGAAAAGGGGGAAAGCUGAUGCUGGCAAGGAUGGAAAUAACCCCGCAGAUAAUGGAGACCAAGCACAGAAAGCUGAAGGUGCUGGAGAUGCCAAGUGA